CUGGCCGAGGAGUGGGUGUGUCCCGUUCUGAGCUCCCGGAUGUAAGGCGUGGCAAACCUCAGUACAAUGUCAACAUGGCGGAUGGUGCAGUCGAGGAGACUCUGAAACAGAAGAGUAUGUCCCCCCGAAAUACAGACAGUUUACGAACUUCAGCCGAAGAGGAUUUUUCUGAAACAGAUGAUGAGGAAGCACGAUUUCAGGAACGUAUAAUGAAUAUGAAAGAAGAUGAAGAUUUAAGUGAUACAAAUGAUCAGCCAUUGCUGAGUAAAAUGACAGAGGACACUUCUCCAGUAUUAAACAAUACCCGGCAUAACAACAACUGUAGCCAUGAAAAUUCAGUGCGGAAUUCCACAGAGAGCUCUCCAGUGAUGGAGGAAGAUUCCUCCAUGGAGGAACCACCUUUCAAAAUUAAACGGAGGAUUAAACAUGAGAAAGAUGUAGGAAUGUAUGAGUCGCCCAUGGCAAUGUCAGGACUGUGUGUUGUGCCAAAUAACUUCCAAAUCAAACUUGAGGCUCCAAGCCCUGAAAUGUCUUCAUCAGAUUUGAGCCCGGACUCGCGGGGGUCUCCAUACUCCCGUCCCUCACUGAGUGUGUCGCCAAACCACUCGCCAGUAAUUGGGGAGGAGGGGGUGAGUGCAUUCACCAAGACAGUGCCAAAAAAUCAAACAGCCGAACAAAAACAAAUGUCACUUAUCAAACUUAGUCAGAUACGAUCAGCAUUCUCCUCGCGACCUUCUGGUGUCAGUGGACCAACAUCUGUGGGACAAAUGUUUGCCCUGAAAAAGAGGAUCAAACAGGCUCAACUUAAUGGAGACUUAUCCCUUUCUAAUCCCGCUCUUUCCCCAAUCAGCGGGGCGGAGCUUGUUCCUAAUUCGCCAAUCAAGGAGGAGAGUGAGGAUUCACAAUCACCACCACGGAGACCAGAUGGCAAGCCAGUACAGACAGAACCAGUCGAUCUAUCUGUUAGCAGCAAACGGCCAUGCAGUCCUGGUGAGAUUACAUUCAGGACGCAACAGGGGCUUGAUCUACGGGUACAGCGUAAAGAUAUGGAUGACCACCCAAAUGUCACUCUGGAAGCAGUAAACAAGAUCGGGUCGGCAGCACUAUUGUCCUUGCGACGGAUCAAAGAGGCCUCAGAUAAAUUCAAGAGUUUGGAACAUACACUUCCACACACUGCGAGUUCCCCUCUGCCUGUCAGCAAUCCCUACUCCAUCUCUCCGGUGCCUGCUGGGAUGGAUACCUUCCUUGAACGCGAGAAGAAGAGGCGAGUGCAUCGUUGUGACUUCGAGGGGUGUAACAAAGUAUACACAAAAAGCUCUCAUUUGAAGGCUCAUAGACGAACGCAUACAGGAGAGAAGCCCUAUGUCUGUAAUUGGGAAGGAUGCACCUGGCGGUUCGCACGCUCUGAUGAACUCACCAGACAUUACCGAAAACACACUGGUGCAAAACCGUUCAAGUGUAACGUCUGUGAUAGAGCCUUCUCACGGUCAGAUCAUCUGGCCCUGCAUAUGAAAAGACAUUGAGGAUGUACUUUGUUCAAGUAGAUUCCAAUAUCAGUGGUGAUGAUCCUCCAUUUCCUAUGGUUGUCAUGCCAACCAACUCCACCAGCAAUAAACCUGAGGCUGUUGCCUGUUGAACUGCGGGUUCAGUUCAUGCAGCUGUGAACGCCGAUAAAUGUCUUCAUUAUUGAAGAGACACCAAUCACCUGGCUUAGGUCCCAGAAGAAUUUCUCAGUUGCCAAUGAGUUUUUUGCUCAGCAAAUUGGAGGAUCUUACGGCAAGUUUAAGCUGAAAGUGAGGCUGCAGUCAGAGUUUAUGUAGGGAACUGUCCUGUCAUGUUGCUAAGCAACCAUUUGGACAGAGAAGAAAUAUACACCAAAAACAGGGGAAAUAAAAACCUUGAUUCAAGUUUGUGUCCACUGCAUGGCUAGUAUUUGCAAGCUGUAAAGCCCUGUCCCUGAUGUGUGAUUGACAGUGUACAACAAACUAGGCUCCGCCCUGGAUGUGUGAUUGAUAAUGUCCAGGGGCAAACUAGGCCCCGCCCCGAUGUGUGAUCGACAAUGUCGAGGGGCAAACUAGGCCCUGUGGCUGAUGUGUGAUUGACAAUGUGCAUGGUGCAGGGUACAAAACUCUGUACCACAGUAUGAUUGCAUUGUAUAAGAAUUGCUCAUUGCUGUCCCAAGUACAAAUGUCUGACAGUGAUGAUGGUUGCUAAGCCCUGCCCCUCAUGUGUGUGAUUGACAGAAGCUUGACAGAAUUGUGAUCGGUACAUUAGCAGGCAAUUUCAGUUGAGACAGUAUUCACCAAAUGUAUAGAUAAUUUGUUUUCACUGCCAAAAUGCCAAAUGCUUGUUAGGAACAAGCUUAUGCAAUCGUGAGUGUUUAAGUGGUCUGUGUGUGGGAGGCAGCACAGAAAUACACACACGUGCGGUUGGCUGAGAAGUCACAAUACACAGUUCAUUUAUCUUCAUUUGUGCUUCAUUGAUCACUGAACUGAUACCAUGAAGAUACAUUAGAACAGUUCCAGUUAUUUUGUCUGGAUUCAGCAUAAAACCACAAAUUUCAUUAUAAUUUUUCAUAAUGAAUUAUUUCCACUGAAUUAAAACUUUCUGCAUACAUUGUAUGCUGGAUAAUUUCUGUGUAGAGCUAGUGAAAGUUUUAAAGAAUAUAUAACACACAUGUUGAUUAAGUUGACAAAUCACCCCACCAGGCCAAGUAUUGCUCUCCCACCUAUAGUAAUAAACCUUCUAGCUUUUCAAAGCAUCAUUUGCUUUGGAUUUCUCUGAUGAUAUCCCUGCAAAAAAAAAAAUUGACCUCUUUAAAUCUCAAAUGUUUACCUAGAUUAAAUUUAUGAUAUCAUUUUCAACAAAUGUUUUGGAAGUAUAAUUUUUUCCUUUAUUUCAUUAGGCAAGUGUGGUACAGAUUUCACUAGUUACAGGAAAAUCACGAAAAUAUUCAGCAUUAAACUUUCAAAACCAUAAAACAUACAAGCAGUCUUUUGUCUCAUUGUUAUUAACAACUCCGGAUGUUGACAAACAGACAGUUCAGGUCAUCGAGGUAAUUUCCUGGCAGACUUCCUCAUAUACACACGAAGGCAAUUCAGUCCUAUGUUUAUUGUUACACACACCUGUUGAACAACAUUCUUCAUGAAACUUAGAAACUUGAAUUAACAUGUAUUGUGUUUUUUCUUUCUUUCUUUCUUUCUUUAUUGAAAUUUCAAGAAGCAAACCAGACAGUAUGAAUUGUAUCUACAGAAAACUAUUUUGAAUUUUUUUUUCAGUUUUUCAAAAUGGAAAUUUGUGACUUUCAUUUGUGCACUGUUUUUUUUUUAUAUGUGCACUGGUGGUUUUGAUGCACUAGAGUCAAUUACGGUCUCAGAUUUGACACAAUGCCAAGAGGUUUUAAGACCCAGACAAACAUAAAGCUGUAUUAGUCAAUUAUGAGCAAUAUAGACAAACAUUUCCCUGAGGUCUUCCAGAAAUCUGCAAUAAUCUGUACUAGGUCAAGCAAUAUUUACCUGUUAUUGUUUAUUUGGUUAUUUACCUUCAUUGUUUGUAUAUAUCUUUUACCACAAUGUUCUGGAGUUGGUAUUGAUUGACACAUUCUUCCCUGGUGAUGAUCUACGAAGUUAAAACCUGUGAUUUGAAUUUCCUUCCUUCAAAAUCUUGCCAGAUAUGUUCUGUGAUUCAAGUAAAAAGUUAUAAAGACAUAGUGUAGGAAAUUAUUGCAGUGAACAUGUUGUAAAAAUAAGGGUUAUUUUCACUAUUGGUCAACUGAUAACAAAAUUCAGAUUUAAAUUUUUCUAAUAAAAUUUUACUUUAAAUUUGUUUAAUUCACUGUUAUACCUAGAACUGUUUUGUUGUUUUAAUUAAUGAUUGACAUAGAAUGAUGGAUAAGAAGAGAAAUCAUGUCUGUUAAUUUCUGGUUACAUGUACAUUAAACGCAUUGUUAAGAUAAAUGAAUGGUAACAACAUUAUGUUGAUGUAGAAGAUAUUGAUAGAAAAUAUGUUGAAGCAUGUGGCUAUUUGAAAUGAUUAACCAAAUGAGUAAAGAUCUUCGUAAAUUUAAGUCAAUAUAAGUACUUCUUCCGAGAGAAUAUUCCAAAUUUUUUGUGUGGAGUGUUAAGUUUGAGGAGUUCAUUUUACUGUAAGCAAUAAAUCUCAUCAUCCCCAGGUCAUUUUGAGACUGUUUUAUUGUCUGUCCUGCUGUAUAAAGAUCAUAUAAUUCAGUGCUUUUGUGUAAAUUAUUUUUUGUGUUAAUAUAAUUCAGUUAUUUUUAUGUAAAGUCACUGAAACAUGGUGCUAUGUCUAUGUAUAUUAAUGUACAGAAACAGCUUUCCUUCACUACCUGUAUCAAAUAUCAUUUCAAAAACAGCUAUCCUUAAUAUUCAAUUACCCAUACCUAGCUAAGUAUACCCAGAUUAUAUUUUUGCCCAAUUCUGUGUCUUAACCAAACCUUUUUUAAUGAAACUUCAUUGUACAAAAUGUGUAACAUUUUUUAUAAUUCAAACAUCUCUGUGCCCCAAUUUUCUUUCAAACUUCUUUUUAACUCUGAUUCACUUUCAAGUAUUUGUAUGACCCUGAUUUCUUUCAUUUGUUGUUAUUCAUCCUUGUAUCAUUGUUAAGUGCUGUAUAUAGAAAAUUAUGUCUUUAUUUAUCAUUAACUUAUUUAAUUGCAGUAUUUCAAUAGAUAUUGCAGAACAUAAUGUUGUAAAUAUAAAUGAACAGAUAUGUUCCUUUGCCAGAGGGACCUGUUGUAAAUAUGUAAAUAGACCAUGUACCAAUUGAUUCUAUGAAUGUGGUAAUUUUUACAGAAGUCUAUAUGUUGUUUUGGUGAUUACAGUGUGAAAUGUACCCUGUGGAAUAUAGUUAUAGAGAGUGAAUGGUAUUUUUCAUUGUUAUCAGUAUUCUGUUUUUAAUAAUUGUUUUAUUCAAAUUACUUCGAUGAUUAUUUUAUCGGUUUUUUUUCAACAGCUUUUAAGAAAAAUAUUUGGUCAGAAAAAAAGAAAACAAAUCAAGAAAAUCUGUCUCAAUGAUUGGUUAUUCUUCAACAUGACAGCAUUCUUAAAGACGAAUUAUUUUGAGGUUUUCCAAAUGAUUGAAGUAAAAAAGAUUUAUGAAAUAUUUAAAAAAAAAAAACAAAAACAAAAAAAGAAGACAAUACACACUAAAAAUUUUUUUUGAAAAAUUGAAAAUUAUUAAAAGUAAAUAAAUUUUCAAAUGUAUUUAAAUUUUCAUAUAACAUACACAUGCUAUAUUGUUUUAAUCAUUCCUAUACCAAGUCACAAAGUCAUCCCACUGGUCAUAGAUUCAUCUCCUGUAAGGUCGUGGGGUCAUAAGUUCAUCUCCCUGUAAGUUCACAGGGUUACAGGGUCAAGUGUCAAAGUGCAAUAAUCCUCGUAUAAAGAUCAUUAAAGUCUGAGGAACAUUUUUAUUAUUGAAUGUUUUAUUUGGUGUGCUAGUUAUGCAUUUUGUUAGAUAUGGUUACUAUGGUAACGUAUAGAUUGUUACUUUGUUAGUGUGAUGUUGCGUGAAUGUUUGUUAAUAGUGUGAUAGUUCCGAUUGCUCAAAGUUUUCAUUUGUGUCAAUGUGGGAUAUAGAAUAGUGGACGAGAGUAUAACGCAGCCGUGGAACCCUUUGGAUAUAAUUCCUAUUUCUUUUUAAGGGUGAAAUAUGUUACAGGGCUAGAAAUAUGAUUAAUUUGUGAAAAAUAAAGAUAUUUUUUGCAGCUUGUUAAGAAAAAAUGGAAAGUGGUUUCCAUGGUGAUGAGAGAUAGUUUGGCCAUUGUUUACAAUGUCUGUGGUCAGAAACAAUCAUUGUCCUCUAUAAUUAAAGUAUAUAGAGCCAAAA